UGGAGAGUUGGUAACACUGUGAUCUGGUCAGUGGUUCAGCGGUGGAAAGAGUUACAUAAUAAUUUUUUUCUCAAUUUACGAAUAGUUUAAAUUCUUGAAAAUGGGAAAGCAUUUCGGAGAACUUGCGAAAAUAAGAGGAUUAAUUACAUAUAGAUUGUCACCUCAUGAACAACGUGCAUAUGCAGGCGCUAUAUCUAAUGGCUUACCAAACAUCUUCCGCAGAUUUCGUGAAAGUGUUUUCAGAGUUGCUCCAGCCUUUAUUGUUGCAUAUAUGAUCUAUGAAGGAGUGGAAAGGGAACAACACAGACUUUCAAGGAAGAAUCCAGCUGAUUUUGCUAAUGAUGUAUAGAUGUAAUUACCAACAUUAAAAUAUAUUAUGUAGAAAAUUAAUUAAAUUAUUGUAUUUAA